UCACAACUACACAGCAAAGUAUACACGGAGGUGGUGAAUUACAACAUCAAGAUCAAGUUCCAAGAGUUGGUUAUCAAGAUUAAGAUCAAGUCCUAAGACUUGGUGAUCAAGAUAAACAUCAAGUCCUAAGAGUUGGUGCAAUACAAAGAAUUCCACUAUGGGGGAUGCGGAAAUGGAGUGUUUUGGCCCUGCGGCCAUCUACCUCCGCAAGCCAGAAAAAGAAAGACUGGAAGCUCAAAAUAAACCAUUUGAUGCCAAAACUGCCUAUUUUGUGACUGAGCCCAAGGAGAUGUACCUCAAAGGCGUCCUCAAGAGUCGGGAAGGUGGCAAAGCCACAGUGGAAACUCUGUGUGGCAAAACCAUCACAGUGAAGGAGGAUGACAUUUUUCCAAUGAAUCCCCCCAAGUUCGAUAAGAUAGAGGACAUGGCCAUGAUGACCCACCUCAACGAACCCACUGUGCUGUACAACCUCAAAGAGCGUUAUGCAGCAUGGAUGAUCUAUACCUAUUCCGGGUUGUUCUGUGUCACUGUGAACCCCUAUAAGUGGCUCCCAGUGUAUGAUUCUGCAGUUGUGGCAGCCUACAGGGGCAAAAAAAGAGUUGAAGCCCCACCUCACAUCUUCUCCAUCUCUGACAAUGCCUAUCAGUUCAUGCUCACUGAUCGUGAGAAUCAGUCUAUCCUGAUUACUGGAGAAUCUGGUGCAGGAAAGACUGUGAACACCAAACGUGUCAUCCAGUACUUUGCGACAAUCGCUGUAUCAUCUGGACAGAAGAAAGCAGAGCCCGUCCCUGGAAAAAUGCAGGGGUCGCUGGAAGAUCAAAUCAUUGCAGCCAACCCCUUGCUGGAAGCCUAUGGAAAUGCCAAGACUGUGAGGAAUGACAACUCCUCCCGCUUUGGUAAAUUCAUCCGAAUUCAUUUUGGCACCACUGGAAAACUGGCAUCAGCUGAUAUUGAAACUUAUCUGCUGGAAAAGUCCAGAGUAACUUUCCAGUUGUCUGCUGAGAGGAGCUACCACAUCUUCUACCAGCUUUGCACUGGCCAUAAGCCAGAACUGCUGGAGGCUCUUCUAAUCACCACUAACCCAUUCGACUAUCCCAUGAUCAGUCAGGGUGAGAUCACAGUCAAGAGUAUCAAUGAUGUGGAAGAGUUCAUUGCAACUGAUACAGCCAUUGAUAUCCUGGGCUUUACUGCUGAGGAGAAAAUGGGCAUCUACAAGCUGACAGGAGCUGUGAUGCAUCAUGGGAACAUGAAGUUCAAGCAGAAGCAGAGGGAGGAGCAGGCUGAGCCUGAUGGAACUGAGGUGGCUGAUAAAAUCGCUUACCUCAUGGGACUGAACUCUGCUGACAUGCUGAAGGCAUUGUGUUACCCCAGAGUGAAGGUCGGGAAUGAAUUUGUGACCAAAGGUCAAACUGUUCCUCAGGUGAAUAAUUCAACCAUGGCUCUGUGCAAGUCAGUUUAUGAGAAAAUGUUCUUGUGGAUGGUUGUUCGAAUCAAUGAGAUGCUGGACACCAAACAGCCAAGGCAGUUCUUCAUCGGAGUGCUUGACAUUGCUGGGUUUGAAAUCUUUGAUUUCAACAGCCUGGAGCAGCUGUGCAUUAAUUUCACAAAUGAGAAACUGCAACAGUUUUUCAACCACCACAUGUUUGUGCUGGAGCAAGAGGAAUACAAGAAAGAAGGCAUCGAGUGGGAGUUCAUUGACUUCGGUAUGGACUUGGCUGCCUGCAUUGAGCUUAUUGAAAAGCCAAUGGGUAUUUUCUCCAUCCUUGAGGAGGAGUGUAUGUUCCCUAAGGCAACAGACACAACCUUUAAGAACAAGCUGCAUGACCAACAUCUUGGUAAAAGUGCAUGCUUCCAGAAGCCCAAACCUACCAAAGGCAAGGCCGAGGCCCACUUCUCCUUGGUGCACUAUGCUGGAACUGUGGAUUACAACAUCGUAGGCUGGCUGGAUAAGAACAAGGACCCUCUGAAUGACUCAGUGGUUCAGCUGUACCAGAAGUCCUCAAUGAAAUUGCUGGCUCACCUGUAUGCUGCUCAUGCUUCUGCUGAGGCUGACACUGGUGGCAAAAAGGGUGGGAAAAAGAAGGGCGGCUCCUUCCAAACUGUGUCUGCUCUGUUCCGGGAGAACUUGGGCAAACUGAUGACCAACCUGAGAAGCACUCAUCCUCAUUUUGUCCGUUGCUUGAUUCCAAAUGAGUCAAAGACUCCAGGUCUUAUGGAGAACUUUCUGGUCAUCCAUCAGUUGCGCUGUAACGGUGUACUGGAGGGAAUCAGAAUUUGCAGAAAAGGUUUCCCAAGCAGAAUCCUCUAUGGUGACUUCAAGCAAAGAUACAAAGUAUUGAAUGCUAGUGUCAUCCCUGAGGGUCAGUUCAUUGACAAUAAGAAGGCUUCAGAGAAGCUUCUUGGCUCCAUUGAUGUGGAUCAUACCCAGUACAAGUUUGGACACACCAAGGUGUUCUUCAAAGCUGGUCUUCUGGGUCUUCUUGAGGAGAUGCGAGAUGAAAAACUUGUUAUCCUUGUGACCAUGACUCAAGCACUUUGCAGAGGCUAUGUUAUGAGGAAGGAGUUUGUCAAAAUGAUGGAGAGAAGAGAGUCCAUCUUCACCAUCCAGUACAACAUCCGCUCAUUCAUGAAUGUGAAACACUGGCCAUGGAUGAAGCUGUAUUUUAAGAUCAAGCCUCUGCUCAAGAGUGCAGAGACUGAGAAGGAAAUGGCAGCCAUGAAAGAGAAUUUUGAAAAAAUGAAGGAGGAUCUAGCAAAGGCACUUGCCAAGAAGAAGGAGCUGGAGGAGAAGAUGGUUUCCCUGCUGCAGGAGAAAAAUGACCUGCAGUUGCAAGUGGCAGCUGAAACAGAGAACCUUUCUGAUGCUGAGGAGAGAUGCGAAGGACUAAUCAAAAGCAAGAUCCAGCUGGAGGCGAAACUCAAAGAGACAAAUGAAAGAUUGGAGGAUGAGGAAGAAAUCAAUGCUGAACUGACAGCCAAAAAGAGAAAACUAGAGGAUGAGUGCUCUGAGCUGAAGAAAGACAUUGAUGAUUUAGAGCUUACCUUAGCCAAAGUGGAGAAGGAGAAACAUGCCACCGAGAACAAGGUUAAAAACCUUACUGAAGAAUUGACAUCUCAAGAUGAGGUUAUUGCUAAGCUGACUAAGGAGAAGAAAGCCCUCCAAGAGGCACAUCAGCAGACUCUUGAUGAUCUGCAGGCAGAGGAGGACAAAGUCAAUACUCUGACAAAAGCCAAAGCAAAGCUUGAGCAGCAAGUCGAUGACCUGGAAGGUUCUCUGGAGCAGGAGAAGAAACUCCGUAUGGACCUGGAGAGGGCCAAGAGAAAGCUUGAGGGUGAUCUGAAACUUGCCCAAGAAUCCAUAAUGGACCUGGAGAAUGACAAGCAACAAUCAGACGAGAAGAUAAAGAAGAAGGACUUUGAAUCAAGUCAAUUGCUGAGCAGGAUUGAAGACGAGCAGUCUCUUGGUAUUCAGCUCCAGAAGAAGAUUAAAGAGCUUCAGGCUCGUAUUGAGGAGCUGGAGGAAGAAAUUGAGGCAGAACGCGCUGCUCGUGCUAAGGUCGAGAAGCAGAGGUCUGAUCUCUCCAGGGAACUUGAGGAGAUCAGCGAGAGGCUUGAAGAAGCAGGAGGUGCCACUGCUGCACAGAUUGAGAUGAAUAAAAAACGUGAGGCUGAGUUCCAGAAACUACGCCGUGAUCUGGAGGAGUCCACCUUGCAGCACGAAGCGACGGCUGCAGCACUCCGCAAGAAGCAGGCUGACACUGUGGCAGAGCUGGGAGAACAGAUUGACAACCUCCAGCGUGUGAAACAGAAGCUGGAAAAAGAGAAGAGUGAGUUUAAAAUGGAGAUUGAUGACUUGUCAAGCAGUAUGGAGGCUGUUGCCAAAUCAAAGACAAAUCUUGAAAAGAUGUGCCGUACACUUGAAGAUCAGUUGAGUGAGUUUAAGACAAAGCAUGAUGAACAUGUACGCCACAUCAAUGAUAUAGGUGCUCAAAAGGCAAGACUUCAGACUGAAAAUGGUGAAAUGGGACGUCAACUAGAAGAAAAAGAGGCUUUAGUUUCUCAGCUGACUCGAAGCAAACAGGCUUUCACUCAGCAGAUUGAAGAGCUGAAGAGGCAAAUUGAGGAAGAAGUCAAGGCCAAAAAUGCCUUGGCUCAUGGUGUCCAGUCAGCACGACAUGACUGUGAUCUGCUCAGAGAGCAGUACGAGGAGGAACAGGAAGCCAAAUCUGAGCUCCAGCGUGGCAUGUCAAAGGCCAAUAGUGAAGUAGCUCAAUGGAGAUCCAAAUAUGAGACCGAUGCCAUUCAGCGUACUGAAGAGCUUGAGGAAGCAAAGAAAAAGCUUGCUCAGCGUUUACAGGAUGCUGAAGAGUCCAUUGAGGCUGUGAAUGCCAAAUGUGCCUCCUUGGAAAAGACCAAACAGCGACUGCAAAAUGAAGUCGAGGAUCUCAUGAUUGAUGUGGAGAGAGCAAAUGCUUUAGCUGCCAACCUUGACAAGAAACAAAGGAACUUUGAUAAGGUCUUAGCAGAAUGGAAGCAGAAGUAUGAGGAAAGCCAGGCAGAGUUGGAAGGAGCCCAGAAGGAGGCUCGUUCUCUUAGUACAGAACUUUUCAAAAUGAAAAAUUCUUAUGAGGAGGCUUUGGACCACCUGGAGACUCUGAAAAGGGAAAACAAGAACCUUCAACAGGAGAUCUCAGAUUUGACUGAGCAGCUUGGUGAAACUGGAAAGACUAUUCAUGAGCUGGAAAAAGGAAAGAAAACUGCUGAAAUGGAAAAAUCUGAAAUCCAAGCCGCACUUGAAGAAGCUGAGGCAACCCUAGAGCAUGAAGAAUCAAAGAUUCUUCGCGUUCAGCUUGAGCUGAACCAAGUGAAAGGGGAGAUUGAUCGGAAAUUGGCUGAGAAGGAUGAGGAGAUUGAACAGAUCAAGCGAAACAGCCAGAGAAUCAUUGAUUCCAUGCAGACCACCCUGGAUGCUGAAGUCAGAAGCAGAAAUGAUGCUCUGAGAAUUAAGAAGAAGAUGGAAGGAGACCUCAAUGAGAUGGAGAUUCAGUUGAGCCAUGCAAAUCGCCAGGCUGCUGAAGCUCAGAAACAGCUCAGGAACGUCCAGGGACAACUGAAGGAUGCUCAACUCCACCUUGAUGAAGCUUUAAGAGCACAAGAGGACAUGAAAGAGCAGGUUGCUAUGGUUGAACGCAGGAACAACCUGAUGCAGGCUGAGAUUGAGGAGCUGAGAUCUGCUCUGGAGCAGACAGAGAGAGCUCGCAAAGUAGCUGAGCAGGAGCUGGUGGAUGCCAGUGAGAGAGUGACUCUCCUACACUCCCAAAAUACCAGUCUUAUUAACACCAAGAAGAAAUUGGAUGCAGAUCUUGUUCAAAUUCAAGGUGAGAUGGAAGAUGUAGUCCAGGAAGCACGCAAUGCUGAAGAGAAGGCAAAGAAAGCAAUAACUGAUGCUGCCAUGAUGGCAGAAGAGCUGAAGAAAGAGCAGGAUACAAGUGCUCAUCUUGAGAGGAUGAAGAAGAACCUGGAAGUUACGGUCAAAGACCUGCAGCACCGUCUGGAUGAGGCUGAGAGUUUGGCCAUGAAGGGAGGAAAGAAGCAGCUCCAGAAACUGGAGGCUAGGGUUCGUGAGCUGGAGGGUGAAGUUGAAGCGGAGCAGAGACGCAGUGCUGAAGCGGUGAAAGGUGUCCGCAAAUAUGAAAGAAGAGUGAAGGAACUGACUUAUCAGACUGAAGAAGAUAAGAAGAAUAUUAUCAGACUGCAAGACCUAGUGGACAAACUUCAACUGAAAGUCAAGGCCUACAAGAGACAGAGUGAAGAUGCUGAGGAACAGGCCAACAGUCACCUGACCAGGUUCAGAAAGGUGCAGCAUGAGCUGGAGGAAGCUCAGGAGAGAGCGGACAUCGCUGAGUCCCAGGUCAACAAGCUGAGAGCUAAAAGCCGUGAAUUUGGGAGGGGUAAAGAGGCUGAGGAAUGAACCUUUUGAGAAAAAGAGUGGGCAGAGAAUCAGUAACUAAUUACUGUGAAAUCCUUGUCCACAAAAACCAGUAACCAAUAAUAAAAAAGCUGUUCAUCUGA